AUGUGCCGCGUCGCGUACGGCCUCAUCGGCGGUAACCACAAGUACAUCUUGAUCGUCCCAGGUCGGAUUACAGAGUACAAGGAGCUGGAGGGCCUGGCGCACCGUCUCUUCUUGGGGACUUCAUCUCGGCGUCGCUAUAACCCCGUUACGGCCGAUUACAGCCAGAACGGAGACGAGGUGUCGUUGACUGUCGUGUUGCCUGCCGAACUCUCCAACGAGGAGAAGCUCAACCAUCUCAAUGAGAUGCGCAGGACGAUCUGCAAGGCUGGUACGCCAGUCCCCGAGACCACUCAGGACCAUGUCGACGUCGACCUCACCGUCGAGAUGGGCGAGAACGGGGAGGAACGCGGCGGGGCGAGCAACGCGGCGAGCAGCUCGGAAGGCAACGAGGAGCCCUUUAACGUCACCGACGGCGUUCACACUGGCUUCAACACUACCCCGUUCAACCCUGUCACCGAGUGGAACGAAUACACGACACAAGCCGCGAUCCCCGCGGACAUGAUCUCUGGUCCCUACGAGACCACCGUCACGUGCGUCCGCGAGCCGACGUCGCAGCAGUACGACACCUUUGUGAUCUGCCUCAGCCAGAAGAUUGAGGGCAGGUUCAUGUUCAAGUGGGUUCCCGAGGGGCACAUGAUCGUCCGCAUCGAGUCGUUCUGGAACCUCGAGGGCGAGUGGGAGGACGAGGUCAAGGUUGUCGCCGAGCAGGUCUUUGCACCUAUCAUCAAUGACCACGGCCACCACAACACCAUUGAGUAUGCCUACCAUGACGCAGCCCGUCCCAACACUCCCACGCAUGCCCCCUCGGGCCACAGCACGGACAGCGGCAUUGCGAUGUAUACCGGCUUCUCGACCGACAGCGGCUUCGCGACGGACAGCGGCUUCGCGACGGACAGCGGCGUCGUGACGGACAGCGGUGUCGCAACCCCACCAACCCGCUUCACACACCUCCUCACCAUCGGCGCCGACGACAUGAUCUUCCUCCCCGCGGCGAUGGCGGCUACCAUCCAGCCCCUGCUCGAGGAGCGCUACGCCGAGCAGAUCAAGCUUUCGACGUUCUCGCCCGCCGCCAGCACUACCAGCAACUUCAGCGCGACGUGGGAGCCCAUUCGCACUCCUCGCCAGCAUGCGCGCGCUGCCCAAGUCGGGAUGCACUACGCGCCAGUUGCGUACCAGGCCAACGUUCCUGCCUCCGAAGUUUCCACUCAGUUCGGCCAGAGCGACGCCACCAGCUAUGCUUCGGCCAAGGGCGCCGACGGCGGCGACAACCAGUCUGACGAGGCUGUUGGCACCACGGGCGCCAUCCCCGGCACGGCCGCGGGUGGCUUUGCCCUCCACGGAUCCUCGUCCUCCUUUGGCCAGAACACCGACAACGGCUCGGCCACGCUCGACGUCAACAUGGACGACAUUGACGACUUGAUCGGCCCCACCGAGGACGCCGGCACCCGCUAG